UAUCUGUCCGUCCGUCCGUUCUCCGAGCGCAACCCCGACACGUAUCCUCUGUGCUCGAUCCGAACCCCUGGAAAACACGCGAGUGUGUGCGACGUAACGCUACGCGAAUGCCGUGAUGCUGCACGGUGACGGACAACGAUCGUCGGGGCAGCUCGACACCGUCUCGGUCGCAUCCUCCUGACAGUAUGAGCCUCGUGCAUCGUCCUCGCCGAUAAGAUAGUGGUGGUCCGCUCUAAGGACGAUGUCGUCGCAGUGAGGAAGAUCGCAACUUUCGACCCCGCGAAUGGAUCGGGAUUACGUCCGUUACGCGACCAAGUGGCACUCGGUGAGACGCGAACAGUGUGUCCGCGACCUGAAGAGUGUGUGAUAUAUAAUAUAAUAUAAUAUAUAUAUACAACGUACAUCGCGUGUGAGUCGUGGUACUCUGCAACACGUGUGACAGUUUCGAGAAAGAGGGAGAUCCACUGGGGAGGUUUGUCAACGAAGACGGUGUUCCUGGACGUGACCGUGUUCCGCAUUUUGCCCGCGGAUAUCCUCGUGAUCGGGAUUGUCUCGUGACUCGCUCACGCAGAUUGUGCCUCUUCGAGCAAUGUUGUUCUAGUGCGUUAGAUUUGCAGUGACGAUGGUCGGAUUCUACGCCGCGGACACCAUGGAUUUCUCUACUACGGUCGCGGUGUCGCGACGCUCUUUUGCCAAGGAUACGGAAGAUCGCGCGAGCAGUGGAUCGAGACAUCGAACGACGAACAGCAGGAGAACAAGGGGUACACGAUCGACGACGCCGUUUAUAAUCUGGCUGUCGUUGCUACUGACAUUGGGAACCAGGACAACGUCGUCGGCGGCGAACAUGACGAACGUGUCACCAUUCGCAUCCACUGUGAAACCAAUCACGACUACCGAAGUAGUUUAUCAGCGAUUCGCGAUCGAGCCGAUGGAUCAAACGGCGGUGAUUGGCAGCCGAGUGACGCUUCCUUGCCGGGUCCUUGACCAGAAGGGACCUAUUCAAUGGACAAAGGACGACUUCGGUCUGGGUGCAGUGAGGAACCUCACAGGAUACGAGCGUUACGCCAUGAUCGGCAGCGACGAGGAGGGUGAUUUCUCGUUGCACAUCUACCCAGUGGAGCUGGAGGAUGACGGCACUUACCAAUGUCAGGCGUCGCCUACGAACGACGGGCAACCGGCAUUGCGCUCGAGAUUCGCCAAGUUGAGCGUCCUGGUUCCUCCUCAGAAACCGAAGAUCCUUCAAGGCGACUUCCUUAUCACGACCGAGGACCGAGAAUUGGUGAUCGAGUGCGUCAGCGUGGCUGGCAAGCCGCCUGCGGAGAUCACGUGGAUCGACGGACUGGGGAACGUACUGCACAGAGGCAUUAAAACGACCAAGGAACUGUUCGACGACGGGCCUCUGUACACCGUGAAAUCCGUUCUGAGGGUGAUGCCUCGCAAGGAUCACGACAACACGACGUUCACGUGCCAAAGUCAGAACGCGGCCGACCGCACGCCGCAGAACGCGAAGCUACGCGUCGAGGUCCGUUACGCGCCGAAGGUCUCUUUGAGGAUCCGCUCGGGCCUGGGCAAGAAUGGACGUAUCGUCGAGGGCAGCGAGCUCCGCUUCAAAUGUCGUGCCGAGGCCAAUCCACCGAAUGUCGAGUACAGGUGGUUCAUCAACGAGAAGAAGGUGAUCGGCGACUACACGACGGAGAUGAUCAUCCACAACGCGACCCGCGAUCUUCACGACGCGAUCGUAAAGUGCGAGGUCCACAACGACGUCGGCAAGAGCGAGGAAACCGAGACCCUGGACAUCACGUACGGGCCGCAGUUCCGACACCCACCAGUCUCCGUGGAGACGCAAUACGGCGCCACAGAAAUUUUGCAAUGCGACGUCGACGGGAACCCGACCCCUGAGAUACACUGGUUCCACGAAGACUCCGAUCGACAAGUCGCCACCACGCCUAACAUAAGCGUGGUUGUGAAUCACGAAACUGCCGGAAAGUAUAGGUGUACUGCUAAUGUGCCUGGUUUUCCGGAUCUGACGGGGUACGCCAACAUCUACAUACGGGCGCCACCUAGCAUCGUGUCGCAGAGGGUGCAGUACGUUCCUGAUGAGGAAGUUGUCAAGGUGAAGUGUAUCGCGAUAUCUGUGCCAAAAGCGGACUCGGUGGUAUGGAGCUUCGCCGGUCGCGAGCUCAAUUUCUCCUCGAACAAUACGCCGUUCUACGUGCAGGAGGAAUACACCGGCGAGAGGGUCGUCAGCACUGUUACGCUGCUCGAUCCCAUAUCCACGUACUUCGGGGAUUACAACUGCACGGUCACGAAUAGCUUCGGCACGGAUUCCGUCAUAAUCAAGCUGACGGCACACACGUUGAUUCCAGUCGAUUGGCAACUGAUUUUGAUCAUCGGCGGACUGGUCAUCUGCGUGAUCCUGAUUGGCGUGAUCGUUAUACUCAUUCUGCAAUGCCGCGACCGCAUCAAACAGCCACGGCCCAGGACAGCCCAGACCCAGGAGACUGAUAUGCAAGAAACAGAUUCGAACGCGGAUCGAUAUCGAGAGAGCGAUAGAAGCAGCAACCUCUCCGAUGUCAAAGCGGAUAUACGAGCGGGUUCGAGUGUCAGCAACGCAGAAAGCGUGACAGCACUUGACAGCGAGGGCGAAGGAAGCACGAGAGGUGUCAAUGCUUUGGCGCUGGCCGGCCCUGUUCCGAAUCCUCUGGGUUAUCGUUACAGCGCCGAUUACACGGAACCUUCGUUCCCGCCGAAGAACAACGAUGGCAGUAACAACAACGGUUACGUGCCAUACGUGGACUACACACGCGACUACAUGCCACCCACGACGCAAGGGGUGGGUGCGUCGCGAGAAUCUUUAAGCAGGAUACCAUCGGGUGGUAUCCUGGCGUCAAAGAAGAUCGGUUUGAGUUCCGCGAAUUUGGGCACACCGAGCCCGCAAACGACCCCCGCGAUCGACCCUCGUUUCUCCGCAACGUAUGGAAAUCCCUACCUCAGAAUGUCAGCGGCGGAACAACUGAGACACGCGCCGCACACGGCGGUGCCGGGAGUAACACCAGCACCACCACCCUACACGCAAGCAAUGAGAAUGAAUAGCUUGAAUACCUUGAACGGAGCUGGACCGCAGGCUCCACUAUCGGCGCACUACAUCACAGGCGGUCCAAACGGCGGCGUCGCGACGGUGAAGCGCACUUCGGCGGUCGGGACGUUAGCGACGCAUGUAUGAGGCCAGGGGGUCUAUCCGAACUAGAACCGUCGACGUUCGGGCCUAACUAUCACCGCCUUCGAGCAUCGUGGAGCUAUCGAGGAAGCUAGCUCGCGUUGGAAGUCGCACGAAAGCUUGAUCGCGGAUCGCCUGGCCAGGAGCUGUCGUUACCA